AUGUCUUCUUCCGUUUUCUUCAGGUUCAAAAACCAGAAGGAUGUUCAGAGAGUGACCUUUGACGGCACUGGUAUCUCUGUCUUUGAGCUCAAGCGAGACAUAAUCAACAUGAGCAGACUCGGCGAUGGAACUGACUUCGACUUUAACAUCUACAACCUCGACACUAACGAAGGUAAGCUAACAGCCACUAAAUGUUCGUUUUCAUGUCGCAAAUCACUGACUCUGUCAANNGAAUACAACGAUGACACGUCUAUUAUCUCCCGUGGUACCACCGUCCUCGCCAGACGUCUUCCUGCUACCAAGCCCGGUGCUGGUAGAGCCGCACGUUACGUCUCCGGCAAGAUGCCCGUCAUGGCCAAAAACCAACAUCGUAUUGAAUCCUCUAAACCCGCCGCUGCAUCCGGAACACCUAUGGGCAAUGGCGCCCCUCAAGACUUGAACCCCAACAUGACCGAAGAAGAGAAGAUUGCAGCUAUGUUCCAGGCAGGAGGUGCCCAGUGGGAGCAGCAACAGCAAGAGAUGGCCAACCAANAGGCUGUCCACCGUACUGGCGGCUUCCAGAAGACAGCAAAUGUUCCAGACAAGCCCCUUCCUCCGGGUUACACCUGCCAUCGCUGUGGUGAGAAGGGUCACUGGAUUCAAGCAUGUCCCACCAACAAUGACCCUAAUUUCGACGGUCGCCCCAAGUUUAGACGUACCACCGGUAUUCCACGCUCCUUCCUCAAGGUCGUCGAGAAACCUACCGCAUUAUCAAGCGAUGGAACGAUCGACGUUUCUCAGUUGCCAGCCGGAGUCAUGUAUACUGCUACCGGAGAAUGGGUUGUUGCUAAGCCAGAUGAGGCUGCGUGGGAGAAGUUCCAGGCCAAGGCCAAGGCAGCAGCCGACAAGGCCGAAGCUGCCAACACAGACAGCCAGGAAUUGAGCGAGAGAGGCUUGGAAUGUCCUAUUGACAAACGCAUGUUCGUCGAUCCAAUGAAAACUCCUUGCUGUGGGAAGACCUAUUGCCGUGACUGUAUCGAGAACGCUCUUCUUGAAAAUGACUUUGUCUGCCCUGGUUGCUCUUCAGACAACACACUAGUCGACAACCUCAUCCCCGACGAAGAGGCCGUAGACAAGAUCAAGGCCUACCAGGAGGAUAAGGCGAAGAUGAAGCUGGAGAAGGAAAAGGAGAAGUCUGCUACCCCACCACCAACCACUGAGCAGCAGACUACCGAUGAAGCCGCUGCGUCUGACAGAAAGUCAAACUCACCGAAGCCAGCCUCAGAGAAUGGAGAAAAGUCUGCUACUUCGACCCCGCAAGCGACUGCUGCUACCGAGUCGAAGAAGCGUCCUGCCGAAGACGAGCUUAAUAACACCAGAAUCCCUACUGGCCCCGCAGCUAUGCGCAAGCAGAACAAUGCAUCUCAGCCACCAGCACAAGGAGGUGCCUUUGACCAGAACAACUUCAUCCAAUCUAUGAACGCUCUCGCCAACCAACAAGGAGGUAUGCCGNGGAAUGGGCGGCUUCAACCCAGCUAUGGGCNNAUGGGCUUCCCUGGCAUGAUGGGUAUGCCGAUGAACAUGAUGGGCAUGCCUAACCAGAUGAUGAUGAACGGAGGAUGGGGAGGCAUGGGCUUCAUGAACGGCAUGAACGGUAUGAAUGGCAUGGGUGGCAUGAACGGCAUGGGAUACCCACAACAGCAACAACAUCAACGUGGAGGUAACAUGUACGGCGGCGGCUACAACAACCAGAUGAUGGGUCAGAAUGGAGGUUAUGGCCAAGGCCAAGGACAAGGCCAACAAUGGCAAGGCAACCAGAACUGGAACAACGCAAACAACAACAUCCAACAACAAGGAGCAGAAGGCGAUGACGGUGCAUACAUCCGCCGCCCUGUCAAUCCACAUCGUCACCAAGCACGCAACCGCAGACAGCGUUCGGUCGACUACCGUGAGAUGUGA